GAGGGUCAGCGGCGCGGCUGCACCCGUGCAGUGGGUUAAAUCCUCUCACUGCCCCGCGGACUCGGUUUGCUGUUCACCGACCACCCCCUCCCCCCGCCGAAGAUUCACUCCCUUCCUGCUGCUGGGAACCGGUGGCCAAUGCUCACGGAGUCUGCCCAUUGAUUGGGUUGGGAUCCCAUUCUCAAUAGCCUUGGUGAAUUGCUAUUGCUCAUUUGCUAAAUGGAAAAUGCUGUACAAAGGGACUCUCAUGGAAAUAUCCUAUUCAAACCUCCUGCCAUUGCUGCUGGGUAGUGUGGGCCUUAUUAUUUUAUUCAGACUGCUGCAGAGCAUGAAGGAUCGAGCAAUAGUUCAAGAUGCUGUGGUGGUGAUAACAGGAGCAAGCUCUGGCCUCGGUAAAGAGUGCGCCAGGGUUUUCCAUGCAGCUGGUGCUAGGCUGGUGUUGUGCGGACGGAACAAGCAGAAGCUGGAGGAACUUGUGAAGGAGCUAACUGGAAUGGUGAACAACAAGAGCAAGACGCACACACCUCACAUUGUGACCUUUGACCUGGCUGACUUAGACGCUGUGAGAAGCAGCGCACAUGAGAUUCUCAAUUGCUUUGGUCAAGUGGACAUUCUAAUAAAUAAUGGAGGGAUCAGUUACCGAGGCAACAUCCUGGACACUGCCAUAAGUGUUGAUAAAGAUGUGAUGAACACCAACUAUUUUGGACCAAUUGCUUUAACAAAAGCCAUCCUGCCUUCCAUGGUGCAAAGAAGAAGUGGACAUGUUGCAGUGAUUAGUAGUGUCCAAGGGAAAAUAGCAAUUCCGUUUCGAUCUGCUUAUGCAGCAUCUAAGCAUGCUACCCAAGCUUUCUUUGACUGUCUACGAGCAGAGGUAGAGCAGUACGGAGUUAAGGUGACUAUAAUUAGUCCAGGAUAUAUCCGCACCAACCUUUCCCUGAAUGCGGUGACUGGGAAUGGAUCCAAGUAUGGUGUGAUGGACAAGAAUACAGCAGAAGGCUAUGAACCUCGUGUUGUUGCUGAAGCUGUUCUAACGGCUGUGUGCAGGAGGAAGAAGGAUGUUCUGCUAGCUGGAUUUCUGCCGACAGUCGCAGUUUACUUGCGAACUUUGAUUCCGAGUCUCUUCUUUCCUAUUAUGACAGCCAGAGCUAAGAAAGAGCGCAAGAUGAAGGAUAAUUAACCUUGUCUGGGGUGCCCUAACUCACUUUUUCUCCAUGAACGUUACUGUUAAGGCCUCUUGGUGCCAUUACUUUGCAACUCGGUUCUACACUGACUGCUGAACAUUUGUUUCCAAAUAUAUCUCCUGAACUCAUUUUGUUUUUGAAACUCUUGAAAUCAGGAUAAAUUAAUAUUGAGCAUGAGAUUAAAGAAAAAAAUCAAAACCUACAUUGUGAGUAAAUAAGAGCAGAACAAAUAUAUAACAUUGUACAGUCGGUUCUGAUAUAACGCGAUAGUUCCAUUCUCAUGCAAUCUCGUUAUAAGAAAAUCAUGCAAUAGCCACGCCAUUUAAACUAAUGGGGCCAGAAUCACAUUAUAGCCGAUAGAGAUAAGUAUAGUUCACAUCUACAAAUAACGGUCUAAAUUCUUCAGUCACGAUAAAGCCAAUUCGUGUUGAAGAAACACGCAUUAUAGCAGAACUGACUGUAUUCAUAUCUCAGUUUUAAUGUCAGUGUGAAGUUGAAAAUGCUUUGCACAGAUGUUGAACUUGAACUGCAAGCAGGUAUGAACAUCCAAAUCUAGUCAAAAUCGGAGUGGACUGAAAUUAUAUCCUUCAGAGAUUCUUACUCCACUUUGUUCUGUUGUCGUUGUCAUUGUCUGCCCCAGGAAGCAGAGCCAGACUGAGUUUGUGUUGCAACUACAGCAUCUGAAGUAUUUAAAUGUGUAAAUUUGUUUACAAACUUUAAGUAUAUUAUGUUUCUGUAAAACAAAUAAAGAUAUUAGAUAAAAGUUUGAUAUUUAAGGAGCAGUGACUUUGGAUACUGUGCUUGAAUGCAUGUUUGUGCAAAUGAAAUUGGUUCUAAAAAGCUUUGAAAUGCAACAUUGAACUAGGCAGAUCCCUGCUGUGCUGGCAGUUGAUAUCUUUAGUUGGGUGGGGUUCGGUUGGAGAAGAACAGAUAACAUGACCGAAAAAUGUAGAGUAGUUCCACUCUUAAUCUUGCAUGCCUUGUCCUUGUGAUCUCUUUACCUUGAAUCAAUUGCUAAAGGAAUUUGGUGUGAAAUUUUCAAUUUCCCCCUCCUUAUUAAAAUCAUAGUGUAAGACUUCAUGAGUUUUUUUUACAGUAUGACUAUAAUUCCAGCUCCAGGGGCACAGAAAGUUCAUUUCUUGCUAAUGCUAUCAGACAGUUUAAAGUGAGGAAUUUAUACAGAAAGAGUGGGGAAAAAGGGAGAGAAACACGUUUCAUCUGUCAUUCAGUGUUAAGCUUAGGUUCCAGUCCACUUUCUUAUUCAGGUUGAUGUCAUAGAUUAUUAAAGUGUCUAGAAUGAGCAAAUAGUAAAUUGAGAACUUAUGACACUAAAAUC